AGCAUUCUGGCCAGACAACUGUUCCAGCUCGGCUACCUGAACCAAACUAGUAGGAAUGAAUUGCUCCACGUUUUCGACCGUUGCGUAGACGACGUUUGGCGUGCUUCUGCUCUUUUCUUGCUCAACUGGGUCUCGCGCCGUGUUGAAUCGGCGUUGACGCUAGUAUUAGCACCUGUAUUAGGCAUAUAGCCUGCUAUUACAUAGGCCAAUAGACACACCUUCCUGUGCGGUUCAGUGUGCAGCUCGAACAUGGUCGCGCACACGCUUAUCGCGGGCGCCGCGUCGACGCAGUCCGUCAUCAGCACUUCAGAAGCCGACGAUGCGGUGUGGGUUUUGGCGAACACGACUGAGUGCCCGGACCUCCAGCCGCGGCUCUGGCCGAACCUGCUCGGCCUGCUCACCCGCUGGGCCUACAUUCAAUCGAGAGGGGCGAGCGCCGAUGCUAGGGACACACAGUUGAUAGGCUCGCUAUGCAGCUUGGUUGCUGGAUUCCUGGCAUCUCGGCCCGGAGCAGCAUGGGCGGUGCGGGCACCGGCGCUGCUGCUGCUCGCGGUCGUGGGCAGCGCGGCGUCAGCCUGGGGCCCCGCACCCGGCGCAGUCCAGGGAGGGGCCGCUUCGGGAGCCGCCAGCCGCAGCAUUCCCAUGGAGCUGCAGCUCCGCAACCUGGCAUGCAAGGCCAUUUGUGAGGCCCUCAUGCAUUCCCCGCACCGGGGCGCCGACAAGGGACCGUCAGGGGCUUCGCCAGCGGCUUGCGCCUACCUGUCCAGCACCUGGCCCGCGACCGCACCCGCGUCCGCAGCAGCCGCAGCAGCCGCGGCUGCGACAGCAGUAGCCUCCAGCGCUGUGGCAGCGGUCAGCGGCGGCGCUGGGGCUGAUGUGACGCUGCUGCUGCCGACGGCUGCGGCGGUGACGGAUAUGUGCACGGCGGCGCAAAUGGUACUGGAGGUGCUAGCGGCGGACAACGACGGGCGAUUGUUUCUGGCGCUGCUGUCAGCGCUUAUGGACACGCUAGUAUCAGAGCUGGGAGGGAUGGCGUGGCGGGCUGCAGCAGCAGCCGCAGGCUCAAGCCCAGGGACGGCAGCCGCAGGUGCUGCUGGAGCUGAGGCGGCAGUCGCGGCAGCGCAGGAAGCGGGGGUGACUGCCUUGGCAGCGCUGCAGGCCGCAAUGCGACAGCUCGCUGGCACCUGCGUCCGCAACGCGGUGGCUAAGACUGCGGGUGUUGCGGCGGGGCCGGUCAUGGCCAUGCUAGCCGUGGCCGCAGAGCAACUCCGGACCACAGCCGCAGCCACAACGGCAGCGGUGGCGCCGCCUGGUUCGCUGGAAAGGGUCAGGGCUACAGCUGGCCUGAGCCUAGCCCAAGCGACGUCGGCAGUAGCAGCUGGCGGGCUCCUAGAGGGCGUGCUGGCGACAGUCCGGCUACAGCCGCCUUCGUCGCAGGCGCCACUGCUGCGGGCGCUGCAGCCUGCCACGGACCGGCUUGUCGCGACGCUGCUGAGCGCGUCUAGUGCCGCCGCUGUGUCCGCUGCCGAGGCAGCUUCGGGAGCGUCUGCGAUGCCGGGCAGUGUGACAGCAGUGGCAAACAUAGCGUCGUCUGCGCUGCGUCAGGCUGUUGGCUAUUGCUGGGCGCGGCUACGCCUGCAGCCAGCGCUUCAGGUAUCCGAGCUGGCGCCAGCACCGGCAGUCGUGGCAGAGCGAAUGGCAGAGGUGGCGACGCUGUCAGCCGCAGCGGGGUGUGUGGGCAUGAAACCGCCGUCAGGGAUCUCCGGUGUUGAGGUUGCUUCCUGGCAUCCGGCGCGUGGGACGCUGGAGGCGCUGUUCUGUGGUGCGCUGGGCGUGGGCCGCAUCGUGUCGACCGCUUUGAAAGGUGCGCCGCCGGCCGCGGUGCACGAAGCUCUGGCAGCUCACAGCCAGGGGCCCUUGUACGGAGACAUGCAGCUCUUGGCGCGUGGGGCGCUGGAAGCACUGGCGGCGGCGAGACAGCAAGCCACGGCGGCCGCAGGCGCUGUGACAACGCCGGGCGGCGGAGCCGCGGCGACCGCCGCAGCGGCUCGGUCCGCGGCCGGCGGAUUGGCGGCGGGACUGUUACAUGACACGGCGGCAGCAGCAAGGCGCCUGCAUGUGCUCUACGGCGCGGUUGCGGACUCGGACCGCGGCGCUGCUUGGCUGGCGGCGCUGCCGCCCACGGCGAGCGGGCUGCUGCGAGAGCGUGUAGACCGCUCGUUCGUGUGCGUGGUCAGUGCGGCGUCAGCAGCCUUUGACGCGCUGGCUGCGCCGGCAGCCCCGGCAGCCGCGCGGCUUCCGCAGCUGCCGGCGCACCCGGAGACCGUAGCGGCGGGGGAGACGGCUUCGGCUGCUGUAACCGCGUUAGGCGCUCUGGCAGACGUGCAAUUCUGCGGUCUGCAACUGCGCGCGCAUGGGGAUUUGGUCGGAAGGCUCGGCGCCGCAGUUGCGGCGGCACCUGCGGCUGCAGCCGCGCCGCUGCUGGCGCUGCUGCCAUGCUAUCCCGCUUUCGCUUCCGCGUAUGCAGCAGGCAGCGCCGGCGGCAAUGGCGGCAGCGUCUCGGUGUCCCGUGUGGCGUUUCUGCUACCACUGGUAGCGGCCUCUGUGCCUCACGCGGGUGACGUAGGCGGCGCGGCGGCGGCAGUGCUACCGUUCGUUUACCUACUGCUCAAGGGCAGUGGCGGCAGAAACGCUGGCGGGGCGGGAAGCGAGGUGGUGUGCCAGACGGCGCACGCCGUAUGGGCAGCGCUAUUGGCGGCGCUGUGUGGGGAUUCAGAGGAGGGUCCGCAGCGGGACCGCGGCUAUGGCGUUGGUGGGCAGGAGCACCCGCGCGGCGCCGGUGCGGGUUCAGGGCCCAUGGCUGUGGGUGUGGAAACAGCGGCGUCUAUGGUGCCCUACUACCUGCAGCGUUGCUGCCAGCAGCCGUGCGGCCCCGGCGACGUGGAGCUGAUGCAGCGAGGAAUCAUGCAGGCGUUCAAGUCGCUCCCCGCCAACCACCCCAUCAAAGCCUGGUGUGUGGUGCGGCUGGCGCAGCAGCUGAGCGAGUGGGGCGAGGCGGCGGAGCCGGAGGUGGCUGCGGCGGCAGCGGCGGCACUCGCAGCGGCCGGCACGCCACGUGGAAUGCUGAUGGGCCCGCCCGCAGCCCCCGCUGCAGCGGGUGCUCCGCUGCCGCCUCGGGUGGCGCUGGUGCAGAGCUGUGGCAUUGCGCUUGCGGUCCUCAUGACCGGUCUGGACUUCGCGCUACUGCCGCGGGGUUUUGCCGCCCUGGACCGUCUGCUACUGCCGGGCCGCGCGGGGGCCCCGCUUGCGGGCCAUGGUGUGCUUUCACGGGCCGGUGCUGUGGAUUGUGCAGCGGCGCCCGCUGUGGCUUCAGUGUGCCCUCUGCCGCCGGCGUGUCGGACGGCAGUGCUGCAGCUGCUGCACGAUGUGUGGCUGCGGUGUGACGACCAUGCGCGGAAGCCCCUGUUGGAUGGAUGGCUGCGCGGUGCGGCAGCGGCACUGCCACCUGCAGCGCCAUUGAGGGGGGCUAGAGGACAGCAGCAGGAUGCAGCGCCUAGCGGUGCGGGUGUGGCGUGGCUGCGCGUGCUGCUCACGUGAGGCUCACCGCCCUCAUGAAGUUGUUUAGGUCCUUGCCUCGGAUUUUGAGGCGACUUGCGCUGCAAGCGUGUGCACAUAGCCGCUCGCCGGAACGCUACCCGCCGUGGCUUGAACUCAAG